AUGGACAGUAAAGGGAGACGAGGGACGAACGGAUCCAUCAAACGUUCGUCCAUCAAGCGCAGCGCUUCGUCUGGAUCCCGAAAGGUUCAGAGAGCUUGGAUCGAGAGAACGUUCCAGAAGAGAGAAUGUGUCCAGAUCGUCCCGGGGAAGGACGCCAGCAGGUGUGGUUGCGGGCAGCUGGUGGCCCAGCACCCCCCCGGUCUCAGGGAGGAAGCCUCUCAGCUGGAAGCAGAACGAUGGAUUCCUGUCAAACACACUCAGAGCAGCUCGACCGACGCCUACGGGGUCCUGGAGUUCCAGGAGGGGGGGCACGUCAACAAGGCCAUGUACAUCCGGGUGUCCUAUGACUCGAAGCCCGACAGCCUGCUCCACCUGAUGGUGAAGGAGUGGCGGUUGGAGCUCCCCACGCUGCUGAUCUCCGUCCACGGCGGCCUGCAGAGCUUCGAGCUUCCUCCUAAACUCAAGCAGGUGUUCGGGAGAGGACUCAUCAAGGCUGCCGUCACCACCGGGGCCUGGAUCUUCACCGGGGGAGUCAGCACCGGAGUGAUCCGGCAUGUGGGCGACGCUCUGAAGGACCACUCCUCUAAGUCUCGUGGUCGUGUUUGUGCGAUCGGCAUCGCUCCGUGGGGGAUCAUCGAGAACCGGAACGACCUGAUUGGCCGAGACGUGACGCGGCCCUAUCAGACGAUGGCGAACCCGCUGAGUAAACUAGCGGCGGUGAACAGCAGCCACUCGCACUUCAUCCUGUCCGAUAACGGCACCGCCGGGAAGUACGGCGCCGAGGUCCGCCUGCGCCGCCAGCUGGAGAAACACAUCGCCCUGCAGAAGAUCAACACGCGUCUGGGUCAGGGGGUCCCGGUGGUCUGCCUGAUCCUGGAGGGGGGUCCGAACGUGAUCUCCAUCGUGUUGGAGAGUCUGAAGGAGGAGCCUCCGGUUCCCGUGGUGGUCUGUGACGGCAGCGGCCGAGCCUCCGACAUCAUCUCCUUCGCCCACAGAUACUGUGAGGAGGACGGGUUGGUGAGCGACAACGUCAAAGAUCAGCUGAUCGUCACCAUCCAGAAAACCUUCAACUACACCCGCAGCCAGGCGCUGCACCUCUUCCUGCUGCUGAUGGAGUGCAUGAAGAAGAAAACUCUGAUCACAGUGUUCAGGAUGGGCUCUGAGGGUCAGCAGGAUAUAGAGAUGUCGAUCCUCACUGCGCUGCUCAAAGGUACGAACGCGUCGGCGUCGGAUCAGCUGAGUCUGGCUCUGGCCUGGAACCGCGUGGACAUCGCCCGCAGCCAGAUCUUUGUUCACGGACGGCACUGGCCUUCUGUCAGCAGUUUGACCAUCGACCGUCCUAAAAGCCCGGCAGCCCAGAGGUCAGCAGGAGGAGGAGGAGGAGGAGGAGGAGGAGGAGGAGGAGGAGGAGGAGGAGGAGGAAAAGGCAAAGCCAGGGGGAAGAAAGGAAAAGGAGCCAAAACCAAACCUGAACCACCAGAGGAGACGGAUCCCAGGAAACUGGAACUGCUGAACUGGGUGAACUCUCUGGAGCAGGCCAUGAUGGACGCUCUGGUGUUGGACAGAGUCGACUUCGUGAAGCUGCUGAUUGAGAACGGCGUGAACAUCCAUCACUUCCUGACGAUCCCUCGCCUGGAGGAGCUCUACAACACGAAGUUGGGACCGGCCAACACGCUGCACUUCGUGGUCAGAGAUGUGAAAAAGGGGAACCUUCCUCCAGACUACCAGAUCACCCUGAUCGACAUCGGGCUGGUGCUGGAGCUGCUGAUGGGGGGGGCGUACCGCUGCAAGUACACCCGGAAGAGCUUCAGGACGCUGUACAACAACCUGUACGGCCUGAAGAGGCCUAAAGCUUUGAAACUUCUUGGAAUGGAGGAUGAUGAGCCUCGCCCGAAGGGAAAAGGGAAGAAGAGCAAGAAGAAAGAGGAGGAGGAGGACAUCGAUGUGGACGACCCAGAAGUCUGCCGGUUUCAGUACCCGUUCCACGAGCUGAUGGUGUGGGCCGUGCUGAUGAAACGCCAGAAGAUGGCGCUGUUCCUGUGGCAGCGGGGGGAGGAGGCCAUGGCCAAAGCUCUGGUGGCCUGUAAACUCUACAGGGCCAUGGCACACGAGUCAUCCCAGAGCGAGCUGGUGGACGACAUCUACCAGGACCUGGAGAACAACUCCAAGGAGUUUGGUCAGCUGGCCUACGAGCUGCUGGACCAGUCGUACAAACAUGACGAGCAGGUUGCCAUGAAGCUGCUGACCUAUGAACUGAAGAACUGGAGCAACUCCACCUGUCUGAAGCUGGCGGUGGCGGCCAAACACCGAGACUUCAUCGCUCACACCUGCAGCCAGAUGCUGCUGACCGACAUGUGGAUGGGCUGCCUGAGGAUGGGCAAGAGCAACAGUCUGAAGGUGAUUUUAGGAAUCAUUUUCCCUCCUACCAUCCUCCUGCUGGAGUUUCGUCUUGGAGAUGAAUCUUCGUUUCACUCCUCCAAACAAAGCCAAGACAACAAAGUUAAAGACGACGACAACAAAUCCAGCAAGGACUCCGUCUCUAACGUCGACACGAUGUCUAAGAAAGGAGACGAAGAAGAGAACCAGAGGAAACACAGGAAGAGGAUUCCCAUCGGGAGAAAGAUCUACGAAUUCUACAACGCCCCCUUCACCAAGUUCUGGUUCAACACGAUCGCCUACCUGGUGUACCUCAUGUUGUAUAAUUACAUCAUCCUGGUGAAGAUGGAGCGAUGGCCGUCUCUACAGGAGUGGAUCGUCAUCUCUUACAUCAUCACUCUGGGACUGGAGAAAGCUCGACAGAUCUUGAUGUCGGAGCCGGGGAAGCUGAAGCAGAAGGUGAACGUGUGGUUGGAGGAUUACUGGAACAUCACGGACCUGGUGGCCAUCUGCGUGUUCCUGCUGGGGCUGCUGCUGCGGCUGCAGAGCGAGCCCUACAUGGGCUACGGACGCGUCAUCUACUGCGUCGACAUCAUCUUCUGGUACAUCCGAGUGCUCGACAUCUUCGGGGUCAACAAGUACCUGGGACCCUACGUCAUGAUGAUCGGCAAGAUGAUGAUCGACAUGCUGUACUUCGUGGUCAUCAUGCUGGUGGUGCUGAUGAGCUUCGGCGUAGCGCGGCAGGCGAUCCUCCACCCGGACGAGAAGCCGACGUGGCGUCUGGCCAGGAACAUCUUCUACAUGCCCUACUGGAUGAUCUACGGAGAGGUGUUCGCUGACUCCAUAGACCUUUACGCCAUGGAGAUCAAUCCUCCGUGUGGAGACAACAUGUAUGAUGAGGACGGUAAGAAGCUCCCUCCGUGUAUUCCCGGCGCCUGGCUGACUCCGGCCAUCAUGGCGUGUUACCUGCUGGUGGCGAACAUCCUGCUGGUCAACCUGCUGAUCGCCGUCUUCAAUAACACGUUCUUCGAGGUGAAGUCGAUCUCCAACCAGGUUUGGAAGUUUCAGCGCUAUCAGCUGAUCAUGACCUUCCACGACCGGCCCAUCCUGCCCCCCCCCCUCAUCAUCUUCCCCCACAUCUACAUCGUCCUCAAGAGGCUCUGCUGCCGUUGCCGCCGGCGACCGGAGAGCGACCACGACGACCGCGAGAGGAGACUGCAGCUGGUGCUGAGCAGCGAGGAGCUGAAGAGUCUUCAUGAGUUCGAGGAGCAGUGUGUGGAAGAAUACUUCCGAGAGAAAGACGACGAGAAACAAUCGUCCAAUAACGAGAGGAUCCGAGUCACCACCGAGAGGGUGGAGAACAUGUCCAUGCGUCUGGAGGAGGUGAAUGAGAGGGAGCAUCACAUGAAGGCGUCGCUGCAGACGGUGGACCUGCGUCUGUCUCAGCUGGAGGAGUUCAGCAGCAGGAUGGUGAACGCUGUGGAGAAGCUGGCCGGCAUCGAGCUGGUCCGCUCUCGCUCCAGAGGCUCGUCGGUGUGCGAGCCGACCGCUCUGCUCAGACACGCCAGCAUCAACAGCGCCGACGGCUACAGCCUGUACCGCUACCAGCUGGACCACGAGGACCGGGUCUCUGUGUGCGGAGACGGCGAGGACAGGAGAGUCCACCUGAGUCCAGAAAUCGGCUCGACCCUGGAGGUCAGAGGUCAGAGGGAGCGCUCUCUGUCUAACGUUGACAUCCUGAUCUCACCCUGCGACCCGGCGCAGAGACCAGAGUCUGUCGCCAUGGAAACUGGAGAGGAGACACCAGGAGCCCCCCCUCCGGAGAGGUCAAAGGUCACGCUGCCUUCCAGCCCCGAGGGGGGAGGAGGGGGGGAGGAGGAGGAGGACAGGAAGUACCCCCCCCUCCGCACCAAGAGCCUCAAUGCAAACCCCAGAAAGACCAGGACCCCCAGACCCACCGGCAGCGUCUCAGACCUGGUGGUCCGAACCUCCUCGGAGUGGGCCAGGGUCAGGUCCGAACCUCCUCGGAGUGGGCCAGGGUCAGGUCCUAACCUCCUCGGAGUGGGCCAGGGUCUUCUCUGGCUUAGAAGUCAACAAGCAGAGAUCAGCUGUAGCGACCACCACAGUCCACACCCCCAAUCAACCAAUCAACCAAUCAGAAACGACCCGCCAACACUGAAACCAAAGACCUGGAAGAGACAGAACACAGAGAGACACGAGUUUACCUCCGGUCCCGGUCCCGGUCCCGUUCAUCCGCAGCGUUGUACCCGCGACUGUGGAGCAGCAGGGUCAGUCUGGGUCUGGGAAGACCAUACCGAUCCUGUAGCUACAGAACCAACCGUUACCCUGGGCAACCGUUACCCUGAGCAACGGCUACCCUGA